AUGGCGAGCGCCGUCGUCUCGACAGCGUUUCGAUUCCCAUUCGCUAUCCGCCGACUUUCUGACCCGGCGGUGCGAAUUAGGUCGCAUCAUUUCACGUUCCAGUUUGGUCGUCUCCGUCGUAUCACAACGAAUUCGUCGAUGAGCCAACAGAUUGGCGAAAUCAGUUCCGGCGAUGCCUCUGGUAACGACGAGAACCCGGCGGAGAAGCCCGUGGAUGUGGUGGUGCAGUACGUGGUGCUUCGACGAGAUUUGAUCGAUUCGUGGCCACUCGGGAGCGUGGUAACGCAGGGAUGCCACGCGUCAGUGGCGGCGAUCUGGUCGUUCAAAGACGAUCCUGUCACUCUUCAGUAUUGUGAUCCGCAGCACAUCGAUUCUAUGCACAAGGUGACUCUGGAGGUUAAAGGGGAAACGCAGAUGAUGAAUUUGUCAGAGAAGCUGAAAUCGGAAGGAAUCUCUCAUAAGCUAUGGAUAGAGAAUCCGGAGAAAAUCCCGACUUGUAUAGCCACAAAGCCUUAUCCCAAAUCUCAAGUCUUUCCUCUCUUCAAGAAGCUCAAGCUUUGCAAGUGA